AACAUGGCGUGCGUGCAGAGGACCCUGAUGAACCUGGGCAGCCUGGCCGUGGCCAAGGGUGACGGGCUCUUCGUGGGAGACCCCAACUGGUUCCCCAAGAAGUCGCAGGAGAACCGGCGCGUCUUCUCCGAGGACAAGCUGAAGGAGGGGCAGAGCGUCAUCGGGCUGCAGAUGGGCACCAACCGGGGCGCCUCGCAGGCUGGCAUGACGGGCUACGGGAUGCCCCGCCAGAUCCUCUGAGCCCCUCCGGACCCCCCAGGCCUCUGCGUGCCAGGGGGCCCCCCCAAAACUGCCUUAACCCCCGCCUUGGACCAGCCGGGUGCCCCCCGGCCCCAGUUUUGUCAGGACCAAAGUAAUUUUUUAUUAUUAUUAUUUGGCUGGGUGGGCGCUGUGCCCACCCCACCGCCCCGCAGUGCCUUGGGGGCUGCUGGAGGGCCCCCCCAGCGUGUUGGGGAGCAACCCCUGUGCCCCAAUAAACGGAUCCACUUCUUUCCA